AUGACCUCUUUUGAAGAAGCUGAAACUGAAGAAACAGCAACAUGCCUCCACAUGACCUUUUACCAUCCCUGCCAAGAGGACAAGAUGAUGUUUCGUUGCCUGAAUUUCUGUAAGCGAGAACAGGUCAGGGCAGAUGAAACGGCCAAGUUUGGCCGCGAUUCUAAAGUCUGCCAUUAUAACUUAAUGGAUACUCGUGUUUCUCGGAUUCAGUUUUCAUUGCAGUUUUACAGAAAACUGAACAGCUCGGAAUUUUGUUUUGAGAUAAAGAACAUGAGCAAGAAAACAAAACUGACUGUGGACCACACAGAACUGGGUUACUUAAACAAAAUCGACCUGCCAUGGAAGUCUAUCAUUUGUUUUGGGGACUACCAGAUUUUAGUAGAGGUGCAAGAAGGGGAGUCCGUGGAUUAUUUUGAGACUUACUUACACUUGGCUGAAGUGCCAAUCUUACAAGAAAGAUGCCUGCCAUCGCUGCAGCCUACACCAGAGAAUAGCACUACUUCUUCCUUGUUUCCUUCCCAAGGCAAAAGCCCCAUAGAGAUUGACGAAAAUGAGUCCUGCUAG